AUGAGCGAGUUGAUAAGACUGGAAGCAAGAGGAUCGGAGGGCAUUGGCAUAGGCGCCGUUGAUGUGGGAAUUCUCGAGGGAGAAGUACUGAAGCCCACAGUACUAGUGAGAGACGGAGAUGUGGUGUUCAAAAAUGUGAAGCUGAGACCGGAAAGACUGCGCGUGGACAAUGAGGAGGACACCGCCGGAGGGUUCGCUGUAGGGUUCGUUGUAGGAUUUCCGAUCGAAGACAGUGCGAGAGAACUCUCUGAUGCCGGCGUGGAAACCCCCGCCGUUGACCCUACUGCGGUUCUAGUUGGCGACCCUGCCGCUGAUGCCGCUAAUGAUCCUGCCGGCACCCCGGCCGACGUCCCCGCCGACGUCCCGGCCGAUGUCCCCACCAGUGAAGACGGAGACACGCCGCCGUUCGAGGUUGGAGCUGGAUCAGCGGUUCCAGUGGGGAAAAGUACUGGAUUGACCGUUAAGUAG